CAGACAGAGAGACAUAGAGAGAGAGAGUGAGACAGAAAGAAAGAGACUUACUUCUGUUGAAGUUCCUCAUCAUUUGUUUGCCAGGAAGAGGAGGAGGACAUGUAAACACUGGCACACAGGAGAGGGAAAAACUGUCCUCAUAGUUGUCUUGUUCACUUUCAUGCUUCACUUUGUGAACUGAGAAGAUGAGCGGAGGCGGGACGCGCGCGGCGGAAAAUGGAGAAGAGGACUGCAAGGCUAACGACUGUAGGAGGCAGCUUAGACUCACCGUACACGGUCAAUUCUACUCAGGCUGUACCAUAAAGCAGCACAGCAACAAGGAGAGCAGCAUAGCAGUUGUGCUGCCACACAAACCAGAAAAGCAGGAAGAAACGCUUGAACUUAUACCUCCCACAGAAGAAAAAGUUGAAGUCAUCAAGGUUUUCCUCAAAGCCCGUCCACAGACAGGGGAGAGCGUCAGGAUGCUGACGGACGAGGUGUCGCAGAUUCAGGAGGUGAGAUACUGUCUGAAGACCCUGAGAGAGCAGAUGGCAGCCAGACAGAACAGUAACAACAACAAGUAUCCAGUCAAUGGCUUCAGAGUCAACGUGCUCAGAAGCCAACCAGCUGUCACCAAUGGCGACACUGUUCUCAACGCAGCAUUCAUUCACGUCGAGGAUAGCGAGGAGGAGAGCGCGAAGCUCAGGGAGGCGACCAAACAUCUGUAUGAGCAGCUGAAGGAGAUGGAGAAGAGGCAUCAGGAGGAGAGGGAGAAACUGCAGGCCGAGUCGAACGAGUAUGGCGUCCGUCUGGCUGAGCAGUCUGUUCAGCUGCAGAGGGCGGAGGAGCUGUCGGAGGAGAGGGCUCAACAGGUGGAGGAGCUGCAGAGGCUGCUGGAAAGUAUGGAGAUCGAGAGUGGCGUCCUUAAAGACAAGAUGGCGGCAGGGGAGGCAGAGCUGCUGCAGCUUAAAGCAAACAGAGAGGAAAAGGGGGGGGAUGAGCAGAGGUGUGCAGAGCUGGAGAAGGAGGUGGCCAUCCUGAAGGAAAAGAUUCAUCACCUUGAUGACAUGUUAAAGAGUCAGCAGAGGAAAGUUCGCCACAUGAUCGAGCAGCUGCAGAACUCCCGGACCGUCAUCCAAGAGAGAGAUCGAGUCAUCAGGGACCUGGAAGAGAGGGUGGCUUUCCUGGAGGCUGAGAACAAAGAAAUGCAUGACCACAUGGAGUACUUCUUGGCAGGCCAGGACCCUCCGCCAUUGACAGCCUCUGACAACAAGCCAGAGGUUGUUUACAGUAAACCUCUUACACCAACGACCCAGACCAACAAGGCCCUCCCAUUCAUCAAAGUGAUUGAGAUCAAGUCCUGAAUGGAGUGUCAACCACAGAAAUAACCAGAAGUAAAAAAAAAAACAAACAAAAAAAAACUGUAAAUAUAUAUAUAUUUAAACACACACCAGUACAUAAAAAUUUAAGUCUAAGUUGUUAUUAAAAGGAUGUCUUAACAGACCUCCCAGUGACAAAGCACAGUGGUCUUUUGUUAGUACCUCACAGUUACUUUUGAGGCUGUUCUGCAAACCUUUACUGGCUUUCUCAGUUUCAAACAGAAUCCAAAAAAGGAAAGUAACAGUGAGUUCAAACUAGGAUCCAGAGGGAAGAGCUGUGCACUGCACGAAUUAUUUUUAUACAUACACACAAAUCAGUGCAUUACAAACUUUCUUGGCGAAAGUUCAGUAAAGUUCCCUGCGUUUCCCACCUCCACUUAUUUUUCUUGGCAGAAUCUGAAAUAAGCUUUUUGUGCAGGUCAUUUUAAAAAGGUGGGCCAAGAAUCAAAACUGCUGUUAUUUUUGUAGAUAUCAUACAUACAUUUAGAGAAAUGUACAAAUAAUCACUAAGUGUUUUCAGCUCUGCUUCAACCUACUGCCUACUCAACCACAAUCCUAAGUGGCAGAGUUCAGGGUCAGAUUCCUCAGUACUUUGCACCUCAUUGCCAAUAGCAAGCAUGCAGUUGGCUAUGUCAGCAAUGAAAUAUGGUUUAGGUUUAACUUAAAUAUAUUUGUCUGACAAUAGAGUGGGUCAGUUUUAGAAUUUUGACCAUUUUAGCUAUGCUGGAGAUUACCUGUUAGGCUGCUUGUAGAGACUAGUUUAUGUCAACAUUUUAAUACUCUUCCACGCUGCCUCAACAUUCUCAUUAUUUAUCCUGUUUUGUGCUAUUAGUUUGUGUAUUUAAAAAUAUUAACUCUGAUUCAAGUGAUGUUUUUAUUUACAUAAAUAUGCAUUGCUUGUGUGAACUUUUUCUCUGUAAAAUAUUUUCUGUUGUAAUCCACAAUUUUUAUUAACUGAGUAACCAUUUACUGUGAACAUUGUAUAUAAAUAUAUUGAGGUUCAAUUUGUGUUCUUCUAUUGUAGACUUUGUCAAAUAUAAUGUAAAUCCUGGUUUAUCUGACAUAUCUGUUGUACUUGUCAGAAUCUACAAACCUAACUUUCAUCAUUUCAGUUGUUGCAUCUUUAUGCCAUAACCUUGUGCUGCCACCUAGUGGAGAUAUUAAACACACUGAAAAUGAAAAA